AUGGCCUCUUGGGCCCGUCCGUCCAAGUCCCAAGCGAUGACGGCACCCUUUUACCUCUUCCCCAACGGUGAUGCCAUCCCCUAUUGUCGAACCUGCGGACGUGUCAUUUCCAGCCGAAAGUCGACAAACACGACCACGACAUCAUCAUCAUCAUCCAAGGUGUCCAAAGCCGAGACAAACUCAAAGGCGAAGUCAGAAGUAACGUACUGCUCUUCGCGGUGUCGUGGGAACAAACCCGGACGUCUGGACAAGGAGAUUGAGCAGGUAUUUGUGCGGUUUUUGCAAAGAGAGGCGCAGAUGGGGGGCGUUUCGAGGAAUACCAAGGGUGACACGCGCAUGCUUGUCCCCCUCCAUCUCGUAGAAAACAAGGUGUUUGGCGAGAAGGAAGACCCAGGUAAUGCUCUUGGAAGAUGUGGGGAUUGCACCCCAAUGGUCAUAGCGGGGAAGGAUAGUAGUUAUGAGGACGAGGGCGACACAAUUGAUAUUGGCAAGCCCCAUUUGAAAGACGGGCCUGUGCGGGAGGUGAAUGACGAGACACUAAGGUUGGGGCGCUGCAGGGCAGCAGAUGUCGGUCCUAAUGUGCAGAGUAACCUCAAUAUUUACAGCAGCAACAACGUGAGUCCACUGCAGACCCAGUCGAAGGACCACCGUGGGGUCAUCGGGGAGAGGGGAAGAUCCGAGAAAGUCGAGGAGACUGACGAAAUGCGCGAGAAGAGGGCUGAGGGCCAGCGGCGGGCGCACAAAAGAGAGCUGGUCCGGCGUGCGGCACGCAGGGGCGUCGUGUUCGGGUUCCUUGUUGACGGCAGUGAGCAGCGGAAGAAGUGCGAGGCAGUCAGUCAGGGUAAGGUGGUCGAGCCGAGCUUUGCCAAGGGAGAUUGGUCCAUUAGAUGGCGAGAUGACUGA